AUGACAACGAGACAAAAAGAAAAAUCUGCUGUCAAAUUGGAAGAUAUAGAGAUGAACAAUGUUCAAAUGGAUCAUGAAAUAUCCUUAUUAAUCGAACAAUGGCUCUUAGCACGUUCUUAUACCCUUACUGCGCAGACUAUGAAAGAAGAGGUUUUAGUAGCUAGUACGGAAAAGAAUGGGGUGGUGAAAGAGAUAGAAAGAGGUUUGUUAGACGGCGAUUACAGUCUUAUAGAAGGUCUUUUGGUUGAUUCUGGUUUGAAACCUCAAACACAAAGAGCUUUCAUGUAUAUGUGUUGGAGACAACAAUUUUUAGAACAUGUCGAAAAUCGAAAGAGGGAAAAUGCCUUUAACCUAUUGAGCAAACGUCUCAAACCUUUGGAACACUAUCAACCUUAUCCAUACGAUUUUUAUAAUUUAUCAUACCUCACUUCAGCUAGUACUGUCCAUGAUGCUCCCGCUUUUAGGGAUUGGAAAGGUGUUCAGAGGGAAAGAGAGGGUUUGGUAAAUAUGUGGCAUGAACUCACUGAGAAGGGGGAUGGGAACAGGGAAAAGAUUCACAUCCCACCACACCGAUUGGAAACUCUUCUUAGACAAGCGGCAGCUUGGCAGAUUGAACAUUCUCCUAGGACUUCCAGUUCUCCUCUCUCUCUUCCCUCUCUACUGCGUGACUAUCAACCCUUGAUCCUCCCCGACACCUUACAUCUCCUCAUUCACGGUCAUCAAGCAAAUAUCAAAUGUAUCUCUCCCAUCUCGCCUUAUCUAGCUGUGAGUGGAUCGAGCGAUCGUACUCUUCGUAUCUUUUCAAUCGUGGAUGGUCUCACACGACAUACACUCUCCGGACAUACAUCCAGGAUCUGGGAUUGCUCGACGACACUGGGUGGAGAGACAGUGGUGAGUGCUUCGGGAGAUGGAAGUUUGCGUGUGUGGGAUGUGGAAAAUGGUAGAUGUAAGUCGGUCAUGCAAGGUCAAGGAGGAGAUGUGUAUAGUGUUAGAUGGCGUCCUGGUCAUAACCAAGUGGUCUCCGCUUCAUAUGACAAGAUUUUACAUUGUUGGGAUGUAGAGACUAGUAGACAGAUAAGGACAUUUUCGGGUCAUAGUAUGAGCGCUCAAGCUGUGACUUAUGAUCCGACUGGGAAUAUCAUCGCUUCUGGCUCAAAAGAUAAACACAUUCGUCUGUGGGACGCAGUGGGAGGAGUUUGUACGCAUACAUUAACGGAUUGUCUUGGGGAAAUUACUAGUAUCCAAUUUGAUGGUGAGGGAAAAUAUCUCUUGGCGGGAUGUAAAGAUAAUUCGAAUCGAUUGUAUGAUAUGAGGAUGCGUCGAGAUUUAUACCGUUACAUAGGUCAUCAAAACACUUCCAAAAACCUUAUAAGAUGUUCAUUCAAUAUAAAUUCUACCCUCGUUCUUUCCGGCUCUGAAGAUGGUAAUGUUUAUAUAUGGGAAAGAGAGUCUUCUUCAUCUUCUCCACCUCUACACUUAUCCUCUUCCAUUAUCCCACCGAACGUACCUCUAGGAAACCAGGUGAAUGAAUCUACAAAUACAACCAAUCUUCCUAAAGGAACUAUGAUCAUCCCUUCUAAUCGACCGUUCAGAGGUGAUGGUGAUAAGACGAUAACUGUAAGACCUGCAAAGGUUUUGAAAGCACAUGAAGGGACUGUUUAUGAUGUCAAGUGGAUUGAGAGUGGAGGUAGAUUAUUGAGUUGUGGGGAAGAUGGUAGUGUUGGUAUUUGGGGUCAUGAGUAG